AUGGUAUUGUCCUCGUUUAGCCUCAUUUCUGGUUUGGAAUUUGUUCUCGUGCUUCGAUCCAAGAAUGUUGAUCUCGUGGCUAUCCUCGCGUAUCGACCUAGGGUUGUCGACCCCGCGUAUCUACCUAGGGUUGUCAGUCCUGUGUAUCUACCUAGGGCUAUCGGUCUCGUGUAUCUACCUAGGGCUGUCGGCCCCACGUAUCGACCUAGGGCUAUCGGCCCCGCGUAUCGACCUAGAAUUGUCGGUCCCGCUAAUCUUCUUACUGGCUGA